CAUGCAACAGGUUCGCGUCACCAGGGAAGGGCGACACGCGACACGCCAAGGCACGAUUUCUAUAUAGGCCACGGCCGUCUAGGAUGCGUCCUCAGUCGAAUCGCCGCGCUCUGCAAUGAAACCACCGCUUGGGAAGAUUGUACAAAACAUUGCCCGGGAGUACUUUGCGUCGAGCACGUGCCAUGGCAUGGCUUACAUCGUGCACCCGAAGCUAUCCGUGGUGGAGCGUGUGUGCUGGUCGCUGGUGGUACUGCUUUCCCUGUGCACCUGCAUCUCGGCCAUCGUCAUCGGGCACCAGAAGUGGAUCGAAAAGCCAAUGAUUGUGAGCUUCUCGGCGAAACCCAUCCCGGUGUGGAAGCUACCCUUCCCGGCCAUCACAAUCUGCCCCCAGUCGCGCAUCGAUGUGGAAAAGUUCAACAUUACGGAGGUGUAUCUGCGGGCCCGAGCGAACAAAACCCUCUCCCAAGACGAGUGGCGCAAAAUGCGUGCCCUGUCACACGUUUGCUCUUCGGUGAUGCGCUCCAAAACCGACUACUACGGCUCGAAUGGGACGGCCGGUGGGCAUAAGGAAGCGAAUACAUCAACACCAAACAGUGAGCGUGUGGUAGAGCAGCUGGUCCGGAUGUCACAGUCGCUCGAUAAGCUGUUCCAGACCUGCAUGUGGAGCUUCAAUUUCCGCCCGUGUGAGGCACUGUGGACACGCAAGGUGACGGAAAAUGGAGUUUGCUACAGCUUUAACAUGCUGUCCAGUGAGGAGCUGUACACGGCGGAUCAGGCAUUUCGGGAGCGGGAAGUUAAUCCGGAUGUUAGGAAGGGUGGAUUGCAUUCGCUGCAUGCGUCCAGGUUACGCAGCUCCGGGUGGACGAUGGAGAAUGGGUACACGCUGAAGGAGGAUCUGUUGGCAUACCCGAGACGGACGGCUAGUGGAGGAUUUAAGGGUGGUGCGAUCGUAUUGCUGAAGAUGCAUCAGCAGAAUCGGGAGUACAUCUGUUCUGGUGCUCUCCAAGGCUACAAAGUUACCUUACAUCCACCGGAUGAGUUCCCACGGCUUAGCGAGUACCACAUCCGUAUUCCUCCAAUGCAGGCCGUAUCGCUCAUUGUCAAACCACGGCUGCUGACCACGCAAAGGAAUCUGCACCGAUUCCCCUACAGCAAAAGACAGUGCUAUUUCUCGGACGAACGUACGCUACGCUUCUUCCGCGUGUACAACGAGCAGAACUGUGAGUUUGAAUGUCUGACCAACUUUACGCUAGCAUCCUGCGGGUGCGUUACCUUCGCGAUGCCCCGCGACAACAAGACCCGGGUGUGCGAGGCGCACGAAAAGCGUUGCUACAAACGAGCCGUCAUCCGGUUGAUGGAGCUGGACGAGCUUUCGGUGGAUGCAGGCGAAGAGCUGUGCGAUUGUUUGCCCGCCUGCACCACGAUCAAGUACGAUGUGGAGCUGUCGAACGAUUGGCUCAACCUGGAUGCAAUGCUGGAUGCUAUGAUUGGUGGGGAAAACGAAAUGAAAGGCAUGGAGCCGAUGCUACUGUACGUGUACUUCAAGGACAACAAGUUCCUGUACAUCGAGCGCGUGGAGUAUAUGAACUUUAACGGUGAGCUGGCUAAUUUCGGUGGCAUCCUCGCCCUGCUGUCUGGCAUGAGCUUAACCAGCAUCGCGGAGAUACUGUACUAUAUCGUUGUGCGGCCGUUUGCACUGUGGCUGAAGGUACAGUACAGCAGAGCGGUUCGGCCCGUAACUCCACCGGAGGUGCAGCACACGGGCGAUAACUCGCUGCAUUUCGUACGUCCUUGGAUCCCGUAGGCUGUGUGGCUGGUUUGGUGGGGGCAAAAACGAAGACAUUUGUUACGAUCGUUACGUGAGGUAGUAAGGAGAUGCCGAUCGAUCGGAUAAUCGAUCCCCGAUCGGGUGCGUUUGUGGUAAUGAAUUUAAAUGCGCCACAGAAAUCAACGGCCACCGUUCAUUCUGUGCUCUCCUUGCAUGUCGUCUGUAUUGGGACGGUUUUGUUUUUGUUUCUCUCAUUGUCGUCGAGCUGUUCUCGCGCUAAUCUAUUCCCACUAGCUUGAGUUGGCGGAUGACAUUGGGGUAGCGUAUGCUAAUCGGGGCCGCACGAUACGCUUGAUCCUGCUUUGACGGCUAACUGUUUCUGUCGAGUAAAAGUGGUUGCGUGAGAGGAAUGCUAAUGUGCAGAGUGUGCCUGCUGUGCCGGUGGAGAAAGGUUAUUUCGGUUGUGUUAGGUAAUACGAGAGCAGCAAGUCUUUGUGCUGAACUGCAGCUCGUAAUCGCCCCUAUUCGGCAGUGCAUGUAGGAAAUAAACACAUUUUCCCACACAGGAUCACAGUGCAGUGUUUGUUUGAAGUAUUUACGCCAAAACUUACGUGCCUUAUUGCAGCAUUUCUUUGGCAAGGGUAACACAAACAGAAAUUGUUGAAAGAAAGGCGAACCGACGGGGAGGGCGUCUUGUGUAAUGCGUGAACACCUGCCACGGACUGCAGCCUCUGUUUUGACCCGUUUACGGCACUGUGUAUAAACAAUUUACGCG